GCUGCUGUUGUACCCCACAGGAUGAACACAAGACUUGGCACGUAACAAGCGCUCACUCAUCGCCUGCCAAAUGACUUCGUUUGUGAUUUCAUCUGAUUUCCCUAAAGCAAUUUCCACCACUCUCUCUCCAGGUCACUUUACACUCACGGUCAUCCCGGGAUGCGCAGCACAGUCCCGUCCUGAGCGCGGCUGCAAACAUGUCAGGAAACACCACGCUGGUGACCAGCUUUGUGUCGGUCAGCAGGCCUCCCCAGGAAUGCCCGGUGCCCUUCAACGAGAGCCGGCUCUUCCUGGUGACCAUCUACAGCACCGUGUGCGCCCUGGGCCUGCCGGCCAACUGCCUGACAGCAUGGCUGACGCUGCUACAGGCGUGCCAGGGCCACGUGCUGGCCGUCUACCUCUUCUGCCUGGCGCUGUGCGAGCUGUUCUACAUCAGCACCCUGCCGCUCUGGGUCAUCUACAUCCAGAACGAGCACCACUGGCCCCUGAGCCAGUGGGCCUGCAAGGUGACUGCCUACGUCUUUUUCUGCAACCUCUACAUCAGCAUCCUCUUCCUGUGCUGCGUCUCCUGUGACCGCUUCCUGGCGGUAGUGUACGCGCUGGAGAUGCGAGGCCGCCGUCACCAGAAGACCGCCAUCCUCGUCUCCACGUCCGUCUUCAUUCUCGUCGGGCUGGUCCACUACCCGGUGUUUCAGAUGGAAGAGAAGGAAACCUGCUUCGAGACACUGCCAAUGGACCACAAGAUCGCUGGGUACUACUACGCGCGCUUCGCCGCGGGCUUCGCCGUCCCUCUGUCCGUCAUCGCCUUCACCAACCAGCGCAUCUUCAGAAGCAUCAAGCGGAGCACCAGCUUGAGCGCCGCCCAGAAGGCCAAGGUGAGGCGCCUGGUCAUCGCGGUCGUGGCCAUCUUCCUGCUCUGCUUCGCCCCCUACCACCUGGUGCUGCUGGUCAAGGCUGCUGCCUUUUCCUACUACAAAGGAGACACAGACCACAUGUGCGCCUUUGAAAUCAAACUGUACACAGCCUCCGUGGUGUUCCUGAGCCUGGCCACAGCGAAUAGCGUGGCUGAUCCCAUCAUAUACAUGCUGGCCACAGAAGUUUCACGCCAAGAAGUGUCCAGAAUCCACAAAGGGUGGAAAAAGUGGCCCACAAAGACAGACGUGACCAAACUCAGGUGUUCGAAGGACUCAGAGGAGGCACGGUCGCCCACGUGGCUCAUAAACAGCUUCACCAUCCCCAAGCCAGUCCACCCACCAGGGCCACUGCCGGGCACGUGGGCCUCGCCGUGCACCCUGGAGGGGCUGACCGAGGAGUCCUGCUGA